AUGGAUGAAGGAGAUGCCAGUGAUCUCAGUGACCUGGAUAUCGUCAAGCAUACUGCCAGACAAGUCAGCUUACUCGACACUCUCAACGGAUCAGAUGGCACAGACAGUGAUCUCCUAAACUCGGACGACUCUAACAAAGCUGCUCGAAAGCGUCCGAGGGAUGACGACGGUGAUCGACUGAAGUUUGAUGUUGAUGAAGACCCUGACGAUGCCUUCCAAAAGUUCAAGUCUCGCAAGUCCGACCAACGCAAAGCCGAUGCCGCUCGAGCAAAGAAGUCAAAAGCAAAAGCCAACGCCAUUGUCGGCAGGAAAAAGCAGACUUUACUUGAGACGAAGAAACCGCACCAGCGAAAAUUCAGAAGUGAUACCUACGGAACCGAUUCUGAAGAUGAAUUGCCCGAAAGCACUUUGCCCGCAUUCUUGCAGACUCGAAAGACCAAGUGGAACCAAGACCACGAGAAACUCGGAGAAAACGUCCUUUCGAAACCUCCCAACUAUGAUGGCGUCUACUUUUCGGAUGAUGAAAGAUUGGAAGUACUACAGGAACGACCCAUGUUUCGCGAUAUCGAGCCUUCACAACCCUACGAAGAUGUUGAGAUGAAGGACUCGCAGGGUGUGAUUCCCGCUCCCAUCGCCCAGUACCUGCGAAACUAUCAGAUAGAUGGUGCCAGAUUCUUGCACGAGCUCUUCGUGUUCCAAGAGGGCGGUAUCCUUGGUGAUGACAUGGGCUUGGGCAAGACCAUCCAGGUCAUCGCUUUCCUGACAGCAGCUUUCGGCAAAACUGCAGAUGAGCGUGACUUCAAACGUAUGCGCAAGAUGCGACGUGGUGGUCAUUGGUACCCUAAAGUCCUACUCAUCUGCCCUGGUUCGCUAAUGGACAACUGGAAAGCAGAAUUUGAUCGUUGGGGCUUCUGGCACUACGACAGCUACCAUGGAACUAACGCAAGUCGUGCUUCCUCACUCUCCGCAGCCAAGACAGGUAGGCUUGAGAUCAUGAUCACGACUUACACAACGUAUCGCAUCCAACGUGACGAGAUCAACAUGGUCGAGUGGGACUGUGUCAUCGCGGAUGAAUGUCAUAUCAUCAAGGAACGCAGUUCGGAGACCAGCAAAGCUAUGAACGAGGUUAACGCCUUGUGUCGAAUUGGCCUUACUGGCACUGCUGUACAAAACAAGUACGACGAGUUCUGGACACUUCUCAACUGGACCAACCCUGGAAAAUUCGGCACCAUGGCUGAAUGGCGAACAGCUGUCAGUGGCCCGCUCAAGAUUGGGCAGUCUCACGAUACUACCAACGCACAAUUGGCAAUGUGCAGGAAGGUCGCCGUGAAGUUGGUCAAGAACCUGCUACCUCCUUACUUCAGACGUCGCAUGAAGUCUCUGAUUGCGCACCAACUACCGAAGAAGACUGAUCGAGUGGUCUUUUGUCCUCUGUCAGAAGCUCAGUCGGAAGCUUACAUGAACCUCGUUGAGAGCGACAAAAUUGACUACAUCCGACGUUCCUCUGAUCCUUGCGACUGCGGCUCUGACAAGAAGCGAGGCUGGUGUUGUUACAAGGAGAUCACCGACCGUGGCAAGUGGCAGCAUCAUGUCUUCCCUAUGAUAAUGGCUUUGCAAAAGCUCUCGAAUCAUCUUGCUCUGCUAUGUCCACAGAGCAGAGACUCGCAAGAGAUGCAAGACAAAGAAUUGGAGAAUUUGCAGUCAGCCUUGCCUGACAAUUGGCUCGAAAUGUAUCACAACCGUGAUCAGAUUACCAAUUUUGCCAAUGCAGAAUUUUGUGGCAAGUGGAAGGUGUUGCAAAAACUCAUGAAGUUUUGGCACGCGAAUGGUGACAAGGUUCUUGUUUUCAGCUACUCUGUCAGACUUCUGAAGAUGCUACAGAUGCUGUUCAAGUCGACUACCAGCUACAAUGUCUCUUAUCUCGAUGGAAGCAUGAAGUAUGAAGAUCGUACCAAGGCAGUCGAUGACUUCAACGCCAAUCCGUCCGAGUUCGUCUUCUUGAUCAGUACAAAAGCUGGUGGUGUCGGUUUGAACAUUACUUCGGCCAACAAAGUCGUCAUCUUCGAUCCGAACUGGAACCCAAGUUGGGAUCUUCAGGCCCAAGAUCGUGCUUACCGUAUUGGUCAACUUCGCGAUGUCGAGGUCUUCCGCUUGAUUUCUGCUGGUACUAUGGAAGAAAUUGUUUACGCUCGUCAAAUUUACAAACAGCAGCAGGCGAACAUUGCUUACAACGCGUCCACUGAGCGUCGCUACUUCAAGGGUGUUCAAGACACAGCUGACAAGAAGGGCGAAAUCUUCGGUCUUCUCAACAUCUUCAGUUAUGAAGGUGAGAACCUUGUCCUCCGUGACAUUGUCAACAAAACAAACAUUGCCGAAUCCAAAGCUGGCGUCAGUGUUGUCGGCCUAGACACAUCUCAGGACUCUGACGAUGAUGAAAUGGAUGAUAUCGCUAAAACUGACGAUGCCUCAAUGUUGCAACUUGCAGCUCAGAUCACUGGUGAAGGCCGCAAGAAGAAGCACGAUGACGAGCAAGACAGCGAGACGAAAAGACAAGCCCGUGCCAUUCAAGCCAUUCUCAACAUGGCAGGUGUCGAAUACACCCACGACAACAAUGAUGUGGUCGGCUCCUCAAAGAUGGAAGCUCAACUUUCUAAGCGAGCCAUGGCCGCAGGUACUGACUUCGACCUUUCUAACGAGUACGCAUUCGAGAAGUCUCAAGGCGCUAAGAACGAACUUGAAGACGAGAAAAAGAUUGCGUACAAGUACAAGCCGCCUGAGUUUGUAAAAAAGAGACUCUUCUGCUCGAUGGCGGAGUUCUAUGGAUUCGCAGAUGCUACUCAAUUUGCUCUGGCACUUGAGGGCUGGAGCGAACAGCGAAAGACCGAUUGUCUCGACAAAUUUUACAAGCACAGGAGAGAAGUCCUUGAGCGUGACGGUGCUGAGGAUGAGGAUGAGGGUGGAGAGAAGUCUUCUUUCUUCGAGUAGAACAUCUGCACUCGUAGAUAAGCUAUUGUCUACCUCUGCCAGACGCAGAUCGAUGACACAAUGAACAUACUAUCUCGACUUGCUUUUACCGCCAUAUCCUUUUAGACUACGCAGUUCUCACAACAGCUUAGUCGCACUUUCCCAAUGAUGGAGUUGUCGUCUAAAUUGCACCUUCCGAGACCAAACCUGUCUACUCUUGUGUAGUUCAAAGAAGCAGCGAUCGUGGCCAUUCUUUCCUAAUGCAUUAGUAGCACUUGCAUCGCUCCUUUUUCCGGUAUCACGUCUUCACUCUUUCCCAGAACGCCAUGUUUUGGUGCCAUCACUCCUUCCACAGAAUUUCUUGGGAUGUGAAUAUGUCUUCUCAUAGCUUUAUGUUAUUCUCGCAUUCAUCAUGGGGGAGAAAUGAGGGGACAUGAUUCCAGUAUUUGGGUAUGACGAGGUACAUCAAGGAGGGAUAGGGUAUAGUCGACAUUCACAGUAGGA